AUGUCACGUGAAAUAGACAGAUAUGUAUUACCUGCAGCUGUGACUCUAGCAGGCACCUAUCAGCUUGCAAAAUAUGCAAGAGCUGUGGGCGCGGCACGUCAUAAAUUCAACAUCAGCCCUCCAGAUGUGACAGGCCCUCCAGAGUUCAUCAGGACUUACCGUGCCCACCAAAACACAUUUGAGUUCUACCCGAUGAGCCUUACGAGUUUGUGGCUUGGAUCUGUGUUCUUCCAUCCAGUGCCUUCCUCUCUGUUGUACACUGGCUACUUAUACGGCCGCUAUAAAUAUUUCCACGGCUACGUGGAGGAUGCGGACAAGAGGCUCACCGGCUUUGUAUUGAGCGCGAGAUGCCUUGUGGGACUGAUGAUUCUGAGUCUGCUGGGGAUCAGCCACAAGGCCAUCCGUUACUUCCAUGGUGCUGAUCUUUUCAAGCUGGCCCAGGAACGUUUGGGAUGUUAA